AUGGGGCGGGGGGAGGGUUCUCUUCGGAGGUUUCAUUCGCCAUCCGCACGUCACUCCCAAACUUUUCCUCCCUGCGCUCGGGGAGUCAGGUUGACGCGCCCCGGAUGCGGGGCUCCAGGCGCGGGGCUGGGCGCGCUCCCGCGGGGCCCGAGCCGCACAGGCUCCGGGGCUGCGCUCGGGCUUCGCAGGGUUGUGACUGUGGAUGCCAGAGUUGAGUGAGGUUAUCAGACACUGAGCCUGUUUUCUAAAAUGUGUAAAGGAGGCUUCGAAACCACCACCGUGUAACUUCAUUCCUCUGCGUGAAGGAGGUAUGCACCAACCUUUCAGCGCUCGCUGCAAGACCGCUGGCUUCUUAGCAGCCUUAGAAGACAUAGCAAGUGAAGACAGUGGAUGACACACGCUUUGGGCCCAUCAGGAAGACCCUGCAGGUUGCACAGUGUGAAAACCCCUGUUUUAGACAAAGCACGGAUGAGGUGUCUCCGUUAUCAGGAAAGGUAAUCCGACAUCUUAAAGAUUUUGCUCCCCCUGAAGAGGAAACAUUUUAAAGGAACACGGGAUGUAGAAGAAGAAAUCUUCACAGGCCUCUCCAAGGAUGGCAUGCCGACCCAUCCCUCACUGAGACCAUGAUCUCUUCUAAUCUCUUGGAUGUUUCCAUGUUCUCCAGCGAGAAUUCUUCUACUUUGUUUUGUGCCAUGGGAAAAACCUGAAACAGGCAGCGUUGCUCCCAAACUUGGGGAUUUUUCUAAGAUUGUAGUGGCUCUUACAGAACAUGACAAUUGGAGAUCACUUCUUUUUGUUGUCUUUCAAACUUGAACCAAAGAAGGCCCUUCCUCGUUCUCUAGUGCGUUGGUGCCUACUCAUUUUUACAUUAUAUUUGUUUCCGUUGCUGGUGCCUUAAAACCAUCUUGUAUAAUCAAAAGACCUCCUUUAACGUUUUCCAGCACACCUUGCAUAUAUCUGGGCUCCUCAGGGGCUCGCCCAUGGCUCUGUGCGCCAGCAGUCCAAGGGCAUUACCAUGAGGCACUGCAUUAAUUGCUGCAUACAGUUGUUGCCCAACAACGAGCGCCAACAGCAGGUGGGCUGCGGAGGAGGCCCUCUUCACAGUCACCCGGAGUGCCCCGCGUGCAAAGGCGAGAACAAAAUCGUGCUUCGUGUGGACGGUAAGCAGAUGAACUUGCUUGCUGUUCUCGAGGUGAGGGCUGAGGGGAACGAGAGCUGGGGCAGGUUUCUGCGCUUCAAGAAGGGGAAGCGAUGCAGCCUCGUUUUUGGAUUGAUGAUAAUGACCUUGGUGAUGGCGUCUUACAUCCUUUCUGGGGCCCACCAAGAGCUUCUCAUCUCCUCGCCUUUCCAUUACGGAGCCUUCCCCAGCAAUCCCAGCUUGAUGGACGGUGAAAACCCGAGUGACGGGAAAGAGCACCAUCACCAACCCUCUGUAAAUAAUAUUUCGUAUGUCAAAGACUACCCAAGCAUUAAAUUAAUUAUCAACAGCAUCACAGCCAGGAUAGAGUUCACCACUAGGCAGCUCCCAGACAUAGAAGAUCUCAAGAAGCAGGAAUUGCACAUGUUUUCAGUAAUCCCCAAUAAAUUUCUUCCAAAUAGCAAGAGCCCGUGUUGGUACGAGGAGUUCACGGGCAGGAACACCACCGACCCGUACCUGACCAACUCCUACGUGCUCUACUCCAAGCGCUUCCGCUCCACCUUCGACGCCCUGCGCAAGGCCUUCUGGGGCCACCUGUCCCACGCCAGCGGGAAGCACUUCCGCCUCCGCUGCCUGCCGCGCUUCUACAUCAUCGGGCAGCCCAAGUGCGGCACCACCGACCUCUACGACCGCCUCCGGCUGCACCCGGAAGUCAAGUUCUCCGCCAUCAAGGAGCCCCACUGGUGGACCCGGAAGCGCUUUGGAAUUGUGCGCCUGAGAGAUGGGCUUCGGGACCGCUACCCCGUGGAAGAUUACCUGGACCUCUUUGACCUGGCUGCACACCAGAUUCAUCAAGGAUUGCAGGCCAGCUCUGCAAAGGAGCAGAGCAGGAUGACCAGAAUCAUCAUAGGGGAGGCCAGCGCCUCCACCAUGUGGGACAACAAUGCGUGGACGUUCUUCUACGACAACAGCACGGACGGAGAGCCGCCCUUUCUCACCCAGGACUUCAUCCACGCCUUCCAGCCGGACGCAAAACUGAUUGUCAUGCUCAGGGACCCCGUAGAGAGGUUGUACUCCGACUAUCUCUACUUCGCAAGUUCGAAUAAAUCUGCCGACGACUUUCAUGAAAAAGUGACGGAAGCUCUGCAGCUGUUUGAAAAUUGCAUGCUCGAUUAUUCCUUGCGUGCCUGUGUCUACAACAACACGCUCAACAAUGCCAUGCCUGUGAGGCUCCAGGUCGGUCUGUAUGCCGUGUACCUUCUGGACUGGCUCACUGUUUUUAACAAAGACCAAUUCCUCAUUCUUCGCCUGGAAGACCACGCAUCCAACGUCAAGUACACCAUGCACAGGGUCUUCCAGUUCCUCAACCUCGGGCCCUUAGGUGAGAAACAAGAGACCCUGAUGACAAAGAGCCCCGCGUCCAAUGCGCGGCGUCCUGAGGACCGGAACCUGGGGCCCAUGUGGCCUGUCACCCAGAGGAUCCUGCAGGACUUCUACGGGCCUUUCAACACCAGGCUGGCGCAGGUGCUCGCCGACGAGGCGUUCGCCUGGAGGAAGACCUGAGGGCUGCGUUCCCUCUGUGGUUUCCACUGUACCACGAUUGAAAAGUCUGUCUUUGUGGGGGGGCCCUUUUACUCACAGUGUGGAGAAAACCCCGAGAUUCUUCUUCCCCUCCCGAGGCACGUGUUUAGCAUAACCAUUUGUGGUGUGAAAUAAUCUGGCAACUGACCCUUUGCAGGGCCUCUCCAGCCGAGGCCAUUGGAAAUCCACUUGGGAAACUGUUCCCUCCGCAGCAGCGUGGCCAGGCUGCGGGGGUGAGGCGGGCGGUGCCGGUGGGGGCGCUGGGGGAUGGGCGUAGCUGGGGGCUGACGAUGCUGGGAUCCAAUUGAGCACGCCAGAGGUCACGCCGCCACGCUGGAGGUCACGUCAUCAUGCCGGAGGUCAUGCCACCACACUAAGGUUAUGCCACCAUGCUAGGGGUCAUGUCACCACGCUAGAGGUCAGCGCUUACACUUCCAUUCAGUUUGGAAGCACUGUUCAGGCCAAUACCUUCAUUUGGGCAGAGAAUGGAGCCUCUUUCCUUUUUUUCCUUUUACUCCAAAGUCCACCCUUUUUCUCUUCAGAUAUAAACCCUCUUAACUUCACUUUCAUGAGAGAGAAGAAAAAAAUCAUCAAAUUUGGUAGCACAUUUGUUUCUCGGACCAUCUCCCAUUCUGUCCUUGUGCGUUACUUACGUUCAACUAGAAAAUUGAAUGUUUGAAACCACUUUCUGUAUCUCGUUAGCCGUAGCUCCCUUUUCUGCCUCUUUAGAUGUUUCCUCAAGAGUUUACUCAGUUUAUAAUCAGAAUACAAAGUCCGUUUCUAACUGGAAGGGAAGUUGUUGCAGUUAAUGCCAGACGGAGCACCUUCCAGGGGUUGAACUCUUCCUGGGAAGUCUGGGCCUCUUGGACUCUCCUCGCACACUCAAGGUCACCACCAGGCCUGGAAGGUGUUUCAAGUUUUAGUUCCGGCCAAGGACGCUCUCUGUUGCUCGGCCUCCCCCCCCCCAGCCCCCGGAAUGAGCUCAUUACGCACAUUCUCCACCACGCAUGGCCAGAGGCCCUUCCUAUGUUCACAGACUACAAGAUGCUUGUUCUGAUUGAGAAACACAAUGAGUGAGCUGUACGUGGGCCGCGCAUGGUAUGCUGGGAUUCUUAAUGGAACUUACUGGGCCGCUCGGCAGCUUGGUUUACCAGUGGAUGGGCUAAAGGUCUCGUCAUUUCUUGGAGGUGAUGGGGAGAGAGCGAAGAGAACACUGGAGCCCACUUGGCACACAGCCCCAGGUGGGACCUCGAUGGAGUUUUGCACUGGAGUGUUUCCAAGGGAAGCUUCCUGGGAACCAGAGCUCUCUGGACAAGUCCCAUACGCCAAAGUCAGAACAUGCGGAUGCCUUUGUGUCCAGCCACGUGUGCAGGCGUGAGGAUUUGCUCAGCUGUCCAGCCCUGGCGUCCUCAUCUUUCUGCCAGCAAGAGGUGGGAUGCGCCGCCCGGGUGAAGGCGUGCAAGGGCCAUCAGUAUGGCCAUAGCCGAGCUGUUCCUGCUACUGAAGGAGCUGUGUGUCCCGAAGACCCGCUUUGUGGCACAGUCCCCCGGCCCCAUGUCCCUCACAGGCAGCAGGUGGAGCGGCAGCCAGCAGGGGAUCCGGCCUGAGCACCAGGGGCUGCAGGGAGAUGUCACGGCAGCGUGCGUGUGUAUUUAUUUACAGUCCUGGGUGUGCACACGCAUGCGUGCGUGGGCACCUUCCACUUCUGUUGCUGAUGAGGCGCCUCCACUCUGGACACCACCUUUUCAUGGAUUGAUUUCUCUGCCAACGAACUUGUCACUUGAGGACACAUCUCGCUCUCCCGCCCCACCCACGACUACGACAGAGGAUUUUUCCUACGCACUCGGAUGCAUGUGAAUAACAUGUAGUGUGAUUCUGCUUCUUACAGAAGUAUUCCCGGAGGUAUUAUUUCCAAUAUUAUUUGGUUUAUGAUACAAAUCUUUUUAUAGACGCAGGCCCAGCCCUUCGGUGCCAAUCAGUGCCAUCCAGACAGUUCCUCUCGAGGGGCCUUUCUCCGGAGGGCGCACCUGGCGCCCCUGCUUUCUCACAGGCAGCCCGGUUCUGGCUGACGGCCCGGGUGUCGUUCCAGACGGCCGUCCUAGAGCCUGUCGUCCAAAACCAAAGUGAAUGGGAGCGUUUCUCAUGACCUGGUAUUGAAGAUACUUUGUGUCCCCAAAGCCGCGUAUCGGACUGUAUUCAGUUGUACACCCUCGGUAGUGGAAGGUAUGCUAAGUGAACCACAGUUACUCUGUACUUUUAUUAAUAUUUAACAUAAUUAAAUGUGGCCCCCGUGA